AUGCCCCCACGACUCAACCACCGCAAAUCCACCCGCGGAUGUCGGCGGUGCAAAGCUAGAAAAGUCAAGUGCAGCGAAACUCGCCCCAAAUGCCAGCACUGCAAUCGUCACAACCUCCCCUGCGAAUAUGCGCCUCUCGAGCCGCGCAUGUACACUUACCGAGAGGAUACUUCCAGUAAUAGAAGCACAAGCACAGCCAGCACUACUACCACCACCGCAGCCCUCCUAUCCUCGCCCACUUCUACAUCCACAACCCUAUCCAUCCCCAUCCCAACCCCCUCACCUUUCACCUCCAACCUGCAAGCCCCCCACCUAACCCCCCUUAACACCACCUCCCUCCGCCUGCUCCACCUCUACAUAACCUCCACCUAA